AUGAUACAAUUUUAUCAAAAAUUAUAUAUUAUUAUCCUUUUGAUAAGCAUUUUAUCGUCUUUAGCAGUAUUUGAGGGCAGUAAACCUGUUACUAGCAACGAAUCAUUGUUAUUACGUAUAAGAAGAGAUGAAGAUGGAUUAACAAACAAAGAUAAGGAAGCAUGUAGAGAGCUAAAUUCAGAAUAUCGUAAAGUAUGUGGAACAAGACAACCAGAUAAAGAGUCUAAAGAUUUUUGUGACGCUUAUGAAAAUGUUUGUUUUGAGAUUUCCUCAAAUGAACCAGACCAAAAUACUGUAAAGCCUCCACGUUCUACAGAACCACCAUUUACUAAAGUUAAAAUACAUAAAACUGAUUGGGCUGCUUUUUGUAAAGAAUAUAAACCAAGAUUUCUUUAUGUAUGCCCAAAUCCAUUUCCCUAUGGACAAAAAGCUAUUGUAUUUUGUCCAUUAUAUUCAGAAAGAUGUAAUUUAGCUGUUCCUGAAAGACCUGUUAACCCAAAUGGUGGUGGAACAUUUUCAAGAGAUGCAAGAAAUAAUCUUUGUUCAGAAUAUCGUGGAUUUGCAGCACGUUAUUGCAAUAAUCCUUUAGCAAUGACACAACCAAAUGUAAGAGAUGGAUGUGAAAAAUAUUCAAGAUUUUGUCUUAAUCGUGGUUAG